AUGGCCCAAGCAGCCAUGGCUUUAGCUGAAUCCGUGCGCGAAGAGCUGGAGAGGCAGCGCGCUGGAAAGGUGGAGGUUCAUGUCAAAGCCAUGGGCUCAGCACCGGCACUACGAACGCCGCGGUUCACCAUCGCCGGCAGCAGUCGCUUCUCCAAAUUGACGACCUAUCUCAAGGACACCUUAAAGCUGGAGACACUCUACGUGUACUGCAACGAUGCCUUCGAGCCCUCACCCGAUGAGUAUUUGGCAGACUUGCGGAAUUGCUUUGGAACUGGGAGCAGGUUGAGCAUCAGCUAUUCGGGUGAACAAGCCUUUAACUGA